AUGCAAGGUCCACGCAAAUCACCCCCCAACGCACCGCUGAAUGGCCUGGCCCAAGCAAGAAUAGGCUCCGUCUGGGCUACCAGUGAAGCGCUGCAGCGCCUGUGCGUGCACUGCAUCGCUCUAACUUACUUCUCCACACUCGAACGUCUUCGCUUUGCACAGGGGUCUGGCGCCAUCGACGGCAUAUAUCAGCACUACGACGCCAUCUCCGUGCAAAACAUCCAGCGCCGCAGAGCUCGCCAGGACCGCAUCGCCUCGGACAACAUCACCACCCGUCUCCGCAAGCGUUCUCUGCGUCUCGAGUCGUCAUCUCUGCUGUCCACCAACAGCUACUUCAGCGGCAACAAGAACGGCCCCUCGCCCGCCAUUGGUGACGCCGUCGCAGACACCCUCUUCUACGCCAACUUGCCCGACAAGAUCAAGAAGCGCGAGUUCUCCCGUGAGGAGCGGCUUGUCCUCGCCGGCCAGCUCCACGCCAGCGUCAUCCUCGACGCCGCCGACGAGGCCAUCUACAAGAUUGGCCGCCGCGCGAGCAUCACCCACCGCCUCAUCGCCCCAGACAUCACUGUGGACACGCCCACCGCCACCUCCUUCCGCCGCAGCAUGGAGACUAUGCGGUCCGCGGAGUCCAUGCAGACCAUGGAGGCCAUGCACAGCACGAGCGAUCCCCGGCUUGCUCCAGGCCGGCGAAACCCCCUCGGCCUCGACGACACCGCUGCCAAGCGUAUCAGCGGCGUGCCCGAGUCCUUUUACGACAGCUUUCGCUGGCUGGAAGACGAGGACGACCUGGACCUGCGCCUCUUCCUCGACGACUACCACGCCAACCUGCGCGACGCACUGCCCUCGCCCAGCAAAGAGCGCCGCCCAUCGCUUCGUCGCCACCUUUCCAUUUCCAAGAAGGCCUUUGGCCGCCCGCUGCCCACGUCCGCCUCGACAGGCAGCAAUCUUCUGGGCGCGGGUGUUGGGAAGGGCAGCAGCAGCAACAUCAGCAACGGCCGCCCUGCCACAAAGGACGACGCUGCCUCGACGACGCGGACAGCCAGGUCGCCCAGCAUGAGCAACAGCAACGGCAUGACCACACCCUUCCCUACCAUGCCCUCGAGCACGUUUUCCUCGCCCACCCGUCCUGGCUCGCACGUUCGCCGGAAAUCACGGACGCUGUCCCUCAUCACGCCCAGACAACACGCCGCCCACGACUCCAUCUCCAGCAUCGACCCAGGCGCCGCACACUACCAGGACCCCGAGGCCCGUCUCAAGCUGCGCGUCUACUUGGCCUCACCGCAAAAGUUUGACGAGGCCAUUGAGUUUGGCUUCCCCUCGACCGAUGUGCUGUCGUCGAUGCCUUCCAUGCCCAGCAUGUCCAUGGCCGGCGGCUCUCCGCCCCUGGGCUCGUCCUCCAUCCUGUCGUCCACGUCCACCAAGGGCAAUCGCGUUUCCACCGCUCCGACAGCCGUCGAGAAGCGGCAUAUGCGCCGGGGUACGCGGCAGAGCACCUCGGACGGCACCAUGCGGACGUUCCUAGCCGAUGAGGACGAUGACGAAAACGACAACGCCAAUGAGAACGAGAACGAGAACGGAAACACGGCCACUGAAGACGACGACAUGACCAAGCUCGACAGCGACCAGGCAUCCGUGCCCGACCCGGAAUCCCCCAAGACGCCCAACCUGACGCACGACAGUGACCUUGUCGGCGGCAUCGGCAGCCGGAAAACCUCGUCCUCGGCGUUCCGCCCGUACCGUAUCUCCUCGUCCGCCGACGCGCCACAAUCGGCCGGCCACCGGCCAACCGACAGCUACGCUCAGGUGCCUGCGUCGUCGCGCGAGAUGACUCUGCGUAUGACCCUGACGCGCCUGGAUCUGCGCGCCGGCGAGGACGAAAUUUAUGGCUGGCAGCAGCAGAAGAAGCAGUACCACGUGCACCACCAGAGCAGCAGCCACAAUCACCUGCAGGGCCCCAACCACCUCCGCAAAUCGUCAAACGCCACGGCCCUCCCGGGCGCUGUGGGGCCGUAUUACCCAUCGGCGCGCAACGAUUCCCUUCGUCUGCCGUCCUCCACUACGACGACAACGACGACGACCACCACCACCACAACCACGUCGACAUCGACAUCAACGUGCGACAACUCGAUCACGUACCUCGGUGCCGGUGCGGUCAGCCGGCCCAAGGCGAGCAUCGAGGACGUCUUUGCCGGCAUCGACCAUUGGGAGGCCGACCAGGACAAGGGCGUCAUGAAGCGCUUUUGGAAUCGGGUGCGGCGGUCUUAG